AUGGAAAGCCCAAGUAAUAGCAACAUUUUGCGGAACUAUAAGAAAAGCGUCGAAGACUUAAAAAGAGUCAAAACUUCAGCAUUUAAGUUAAACCUGCAGACAGGAACUGAACAUUACCAAAAAAUGAGCCCCGCUAAUGGGGUAGGCAAAAACGAUGCGAAGUAUACAAUUUCACACGAUGAAAGUGAAAUUUUUUCAAACAGUAAUAGCUCUGAUGCGAAUUUAUUCUCCGACAAUAGACCCUUCUUAUGCGAUUCGAGAACGUUCUACAGUAAGCACGGCAGCCAUGGCAAACACAGCAGCCUCAGCAGCUACAGCAUCCAGGACAACCACUUCAAACGAGCAGCAGAUAUGGCAAAGCAGAAAAUAACCAAAGACAAACACGAGAGUAACAAUUUCAGCGUAAAAGCUCACUUAAAUGUGAAAAACAAAUUUGUAAGGAGCAACAGUGCAGCGAAGUAUGGAAUGAAUCUAAACAAAUCUCUCGACAAAAUUAGCAAAAUAAGAAUUAUGCAAAAGUUUAGAAGAAACAUUCACAGCCACAGCAAUGAAAGGGCUGAACACCGAAUCGGCACCUUCGAACACAGUAACCUCUUCGACAAACAUACUGCCCUCGACAGCAGUAAAGCCACAACUAUCAGUAACAGUAACAGUAACAUGAAGUUUAAACAUUUUUAUCACAGCAGAUUAGACAGCACAAGUACAUGCGAUAGGGAAGUAGGGACAAAUAGAAAAAACGUUUAUCAGUACAAAAGUAACUCCUUUCAUGAUAACCCCCAAAAUUCAAUUAAAAAAUAUCUAAAUGAAGCAGCGAAACAGAAUGGAAAAGACAUCAAUUCGAAUUUCCCCCCAAGUAAUCAAAUUAAAAGAAAACCAACUGUCAUUCCCAGUAAUAUCAUUUCGCUGAGCACAAAACACACGGCCAUAUUUAGCGGUAAAACAAAAUUUCCACCUUAUUUCCACCCAGUGAAUCAUUCUAAAAAAUUAAAAAUUGUAAGCAACCCUCAUCUGAAUAACAACACACAUUGUGACAAGGGCAAUUAUGCCAACAUUAAAAUGGGAAACAACCUCCCUGACGGUAAUGCUUUCCAAAAAGGUAACUUCCUCCAAAAAAACGACCUCACCUUUGGCGUGAAUAAACAGAUGGAACACCUGAACCUUUCACAUUAUCUAAGUAGCCACAUACAGGGGGGAAAAAGCGUGAGCCCAAAACACAACAUAGCUGAGGACUCAAAAAGGAAAGAUCAGCUAAUAAAUAAUAAAAGUGCCAACUGGAACGAUUUAGUUAUCCAAUUCAUGAAUGAGUAUAUGCACAAAAAACAGUAUCUUCAAAAUUUACAAAAAUUUAAUGACGGCCUGAAGAAUAAUCCUGCCGGAAAGGCUAACCCACUCUUUAGCAAUUUCAGCUUGAGACACUCAUUUGACAUGAGCACAAACAGCAAUGUGGCUAAAAAUAAUAGGUCCACAUACAAUAACUAUUUUAAAAAAACUGUAGAGAGCAAAAUCACGAAAUCAAAGCUGUACGAAAAUUACGUAGACUUUGAAAAGGAAUUCAGGGAUAAAACGAAUAUGCCAAAUGUUGUAAACAAAACAAAUGAGCAAAGUGCAGUUUUAUUUGCUCAAAACAUUUGUGAUGAAAAACUUCAUCCACAUAAUCCUUUUAGCAAAAGUAAUGGCAAAGCAAAACGCACACUUAGCAGUGUGGGUGCAAAAAGGGGUGUUGUGAAAAGUGAACCACUAAAAACAUGUGGCAACGCUUGCAAAAAACAAGAAGUUCCAAAAGUCAGUGCACACAUAAUUAAUAUUCCCAUCAAUUUUAAAUUAAAAAAAAAAAAAAUUAUAAAUUAUAAAAAUAUUAUUCAAGAUACAUCCAGCAAAAAAGAACAUAAUUACACAAACGCAUUGCUAACUGACCGUUAUAGAAAUUUUUUAAACAUGGAAAAAGAACAAAACCCACCAAAACAACAAAAACAACAAAAACAGCAAAAUCAACCAAAACAGCAAAAUCAACCAAAACAGCAAAAACAACAAAAUCAACAAAAUUCAAAUUUUAACGAUAAAGCAGAAUUUUUCGAUAAAGGCGAAUUUUUUAGUUCCUUUUUAAAAAAGGAUUUGCAUAAUGAACAAUGUAUGCAUGUUGAAAAAUUAUUUAAUUCAGAUAUGGACGACACGAUGAGCAACCAAGGAGGGGAACAAGCUAAACGGGAAGGGGAGGAUAAAACGCACGAAAAAAGGGAACAUGCUGAUCAUCAUGCAGAUAGUGCUAGCGCACAACUUGGCCAAAAUAUCGCCCACAUGGAGAAGCAAAGGGAAAAUAAUUCCACAUCCGAUUUGAGCACCCACAUAGGAGCGUGCGGCCAAGAGAUGCAUGCGCAAGAACAACUGCACGAACAACAGCUUGAACAAUUUGCAGGGCUGAGAGAAAAAAAUGGGGAUCAUGAAAAUGAAGCAGAAAAAUUAUACCAAACAACACCAGAAUUAACCCAAAUUUUUAGCAAAAAGGGCAAUAUACAAACGGCUGAAUUUUCCGCUAGAAAUAUUCUGGAAACACAAAAUUUGGAAGAACAAAAUGACCCGCGCGAAAUAGAACAACAGGCCGUUAACCCAGCCAUUUUUGAGCAGGAAAAAAGGGAAGAAGAAUGCCUCGACAGCAAAAAGGGAACAUGCAAAGGCAGUGAUGAAGAAAAAGAAAAAAAAAAGGAAGAAAUAAAAGAAGAAGAAAAAGAAGAAGAAAAAGAAGAACUCGACGUACCUAUUAACUGGGAAGUUUUCAACGACAUAUAUAGCAGCAACACAGAUAAUGAGGCCGCUUUAAAAAGUUGUGCAAAAGGGGACGACCAGGAGCCACACUCACUAGGCAGAUCAAGCAGCAUUCAGAAUGAUGGCACGUCUGAAAGUACAAUAAGCAAAUUUUUGAAAGAGGAAAAUAUGGACGAAGAAGAUGCAUACGAAUAUGAACCGGGGGCAAGCGAACAAGAUGUCGAAAUGGGCGUUGAAAAAGGAUACUAUUCUGCACAAAGCUAUCACACCAAUGGAGGGAACAAAUAUGCGAGCAAUGAAAGGGGCACCGUUGAUGAGGACAAAAAAAGGCUAAGCGUAGAUCUACAGCACGAGGGGCAAAUCACCACGGAGGAAGAAAAAGAAAAAAAAGAGGAAAGCGUACAAGGGGAAUGCUUCAAAAACGCCUCUGAAGAAAAAAAUAGCACCCCAGAAGAUGAAGAAGCAAAGAGCGAAAUGAGCAAAAAGGACCAAAAAAGGACCAUCAACGAUGAUAUUACGAAGGGUGAGACUGACAAAUCGAACUCCUUAAGUAACCAAGGCGAUGUCGAACAUUUCCAUAGCCCCACUGAAGAUGACGCAAAAGAAGAAUUAAGUGCCACCAAUUUUAAGCAACAAAAUGACAGAAACGGAAGUGCCUUUUUGAAUGACAAAAUUGAAGCAGAGCAGGAAGAAUUAACGCUGGAAGGUAUUCGCGCCCUAUUCCAAACAGAAUGUACGGAAGAAGCAGCAAAUGAAGAAAAGGAAAAAAAGGAACCAACACAAAAUGGUUACACCACGCAGGAUGAAAGCGCUAUAAGAACCAAUAACAACGACUGCGUGCAUGAUCAGGAUGAAGAAAAACCAAAGCCUUACGAAACUGAGCAGGAAAGAUCUCCGAAUAGGCAUGAAAACAGAGAAGACGAAGUUUUUACAUAUAAACAGGAAAUCAAAAUGGAACAAAAGAGUGAUAGCGAGGAAACAAAAGGUGAUUGCGAGGAAACAAAAUGUGAUUGCGACGAACCAAAAAGUGAUAGCGACGAACCAAAAGGGAUCGAAAUGGAAAAAGAAGAUAUGCACAAGGGGGACAACACCGAAGAGUGUAAGCAGAAAAAGGAUUCAAAUGAAUUCGAAAAAGGGGAACAGGCUGAAAGCGGACAUAAUGCAUGCAUAGGUGAAACUUUAAAUGAAGCGAUUCGUUAUGCAAAUGAGACAAAUGGAGAACAGAAUGAAAAUGAAAAAAACGGCGAAAUGGAUUAUGAAAACUGUAAAGAAAGUAAUAGAGACCUAUCUGAAAUGGACAUCCCAAUCGGCCGUAUCGCCCCCGAAAAUGAUGAUGAAAGCAGCGGCGACCAACGUGUAAUCAAAAAUAAUGACAUAAGAGAAAGUACAACUCCUAAAGGCACGAACACUCAGGGGGGGAGUAAUCUCGUAACCCCAAAUGAUUACGCUCUUGUUAAAGCUGAAUUUAAUGAAAAGGACAUAUAUCCCCCUAUCCAAAUGCCGAAUAACGACAACGUUAACGAGGAAAUUGCACAUAUAGAUUUGAACAAAGUGACGAGCGGUGAAACAAUAACAGGCUGUAAUCCUCUCUGCAUAGAAAUAAACAAGCAUGAGCUAUUUAGGCAAUUACAUAUCAAAGAAAAUCGACUGCGCUACGUUAACUUCUUGUAUCACUCAUUCGACUACGAUAAGGGGGCGCUUAGCAAGGAAAGGGGAAAUGGACCACAAAAAGAACGACGAAAUGGGCCACGAAUUGGACCACGAAAUGACGCAAAGAACGAAAUUAGCGCGUGCAGCAGUGACGGCACCAAAAAGGACAGAACAAAUAGUGACGCGCAUAUUACCCACUUUGAAGAAAAGGUGAGACGAAUUUUUAACCCAGCACAAGGCCAAAACGGAGUAGUUCACCAGAGCAGUAGUAACAUGCAGAGCACAAGAAAUGCCACUAAUGAGCCAUUAAAUGAAAAAAUAGAUAGCCAAAUGGAAGGCAAUAAACCUAGUGACUCUAACAUGUUACGCGGAAGGGAACAGGGCGGUGUAACUCUCCAGAACGACCCAAUUCUCCCCAACAAAGAAACUGAAAUGGUGAAGGAAAAAGGUAUUAAAACGGAAGAUAAACAGUAUUCCGUCUCCGAUGAAAAGAAUAAGGACCACUUCAUGUACCACCUCAUCGACCACACCAUUAACCACAGCAGUGACGACACCGAUGGUGACUCUGAUGACGACUCUGAUGAGAACGCGGAUGAGAAAAACAUUUUGUACGAAGACAUCAAAAGAAACCUGUGGCUGCAAAAUACGAAUCUCUCUGAAAGUGGAGUCCAAUACAUCCAAGUCGAAUCGGUGAAAUGCAUCAUGCUGUUUUGCUACCUGUACAAAAUAAAAUAUUUCCAAGGCUUGCACGAUAUGAUCAUAAGCCUGUUUUAUUUAAACCUUCAACCCUACGAAAUUCUCUGCGUCUUUGAAAGGAUACUACAUUAUUACGCCCCCUAUUUGUACCUACAAAAUAGUUGCAUGUAUAGCUCUCCACGAAUUUUUGCAAGCACAUACGAGGACACGAUCAGCGGCGCUAUAUCAAACAUAACUAUGCAAAUAUGUAACACUAAUGGGAAAUUAUUUCGCCUUCUGUUUCAAUAUUUUUUCCCUUACGUUAGUUAUUACGUCGAUACAGCAGUCAGCGACACGUGGCCAUCUUUAUUUUUCCUUAACCUUAGCUUCAGCAAAUUCGACAAUGUGUUCUGCUUACUAUACUUGUGGGUUCGAUUAAUACAAAUGAAAAAUAAAACGAGUGAAGUUACUUGUGAUUUUAUUAUUUUCAUAUUAUCCUUCUGCAUGCACAAGUUGAGGAUGGUCAAAAGAGAAUUUUACGAAAAAAGGGGUCUAACUAGUAUGUUUAUGAACUCCACAUAUGCACUGCCAAGAGGGAGCAAAAAAAGGGAUGAAAAAUAUACACAAGGACAGACCGAAAAAUGCAGUCAUAAGGUAAUAAAACAAGUACAUGGGGAUCCAAGCAAUUGCAAGAUGGAUGAACGUAAGGGAGAUGACGAAAGGCAGGCAACACAUGAGGAAAGCGGCAAACAGGCAGACAACCAAACUGAUAAUAAAAUUCACCAUCCGAUGCAGACAAGGAGGAAAUACACUCAAAAAGGGGAAGAAAAAAUGAAAGAAAUUAUUCGAAAAAUAAAAUUAUCCACGUACAGCUCGGAAAUGUUCUCUCUAUUUUUUGAAUUCAGCUCAUCUUUUGAUGACCAUUUUGGGGAUAAAUACAAAAUGCACAUAGAUUGUAUAAUAAAUGACAUCCCCAAAAUUAGAGACAUUAUUCCUGUGAGCUUUUUACAAUUCCUUACGAAAUAUAAUUCGGCAUACCAGAAGAAGAGAAACAACAAGAACAGCAGCAAUGUGAAAAACCUCUACGGGUACACCCAAAACGAAGCAUUAUUGAACAGCUUGACACCCCCCCCGGAUGACCACUUGUGCCUGCAUAUAAAACUGUCGGAUUUGUUUUUUAUUCAUAACAAUGUAGAGGGAUACGAUUUUGUUUUCCUGCGAUUAGUAAAGUGCCAAAUCAUUUUGAGCAAGUUGAUAUUAAUUAAUCCUGGUAACUUGGUCAUAGAAAAUUUUGCGCGCUUUAAAAAUGUAGACGAAUUUGUCAAGCAUAAGAAAAAACUACAUAUACCCGGCAAGAGCGGAAGAACAAUGUACAUCGUGCUCCUAUGCUCCCAAGAAAAUAAUGCGAAAUGGAAAGAUUGGAACGUCCACUCGAACGACAGGAACAUGCACUCGAGCGAUAGGAAAUUCAGCUCAAACGGUAGGAACGUCCACUCGAAUGAUAGGUAUAUGCAUAAACACAAGACAAACACUGCAAGCAAGGAAAAAAACGGGUCCCAAAACGUAUACUCCAACAGAGUUUUUUUCAAAAGAAACAACAGAAGGAAAUACAUGUGCAGCGAACAUUCCUGUGAAUUUCCCGUAGAUAAUGCCUACCUGAAAAACCUCAUUACAACAUUGGUAAAAAACAAUUUUAAGCGUUUAACCAUACUGAAAGAACAUCCAAAGGCGGUCAAAAUAAAGAAUAAGAAAAAAAUUACAGAAAAGGAGACAAAAGAUCGUAAAUCACCCGUAAAAGAAAAUAGCUUCUUCUUUCAAAUGUUCAACAUAGUGAAAAAAAAGAUAUACCAAAAUAUUAGAAAAGAUACGGAGUCGAAUAAGAACACCCCUCCCCAAAGCAAUCAACCUCAAAAUAACAAUACAAAAUUUGCCGUAAAGGAAAAUAAUGUUAAAAUGUCCAACGAGAGGAGGAUAAGAAAAAGAAUAAACUAUAGCAACAGAAAACCAGUUUUGUAUUCAAAAAAUGUUAUGCAGAAAAGCAAGUAUGAAAACCCCCCCAAAAAAUUAAAUAAUGAUGCCCCAAAUGGUUUAUCAGGCAGGAUGCAAAAUAAGGCAGACAAAAAAAUUCAGUUGUUCCUCUUAAAAUUUCGUAAACGUAAUGAAUCAAAGAGACUAGUACAUGGCUUCAAGACAAUUGGAAAGGGAAUGAAUUUAACUUUCGGAUUAUUUCCUAAGCCCUAUGUCGACCCCCUUAACAAUCGAUCAAACCUGAGAAAGGGCUGUGUACAUAGAAGACGCCCAAAACAGAAGAAAUCCUUUUUCCGAAUUUUAAAAAAAAGAGAAAUAAAUCUAGAGAAAAACAAACCACAUAGCAAUAAAAGCUCGUUACCCAACCGAACAGACGCACAAGAUAAAAUUGACACCAGAAUGCACAUCAACAAAACGAAUUACAACCAAAAAAAAAACUUUAUUUUUAUAAAUAGGGGACAAUUUGAUGAUAAUACUAGAGAAAGAGAAAGGAAAAAUGCAAGUAAAGACAAAAAAACGACCUUCUCGGAGCUGCGAGAUAACUUCCUAAACGAUUUUUUAUCAAAAAGGUUAUCCCCAAAGAAGGACAGAGAAUCGCAUGAGAAGAAAUAUGCCAACACAAAAGUAGAUGCGAAUGCCCGUAAAAGGAACCCCUCCAAGGGUCGUGAAUCGCAUAGCAGUGAGGACAAAUGA